AUGUCCAGAUCAACGCUGAUAAAACCACCGAGCACUCUCGAACAUCACUCGCCCAUCGAGAAUGCGCUACAACUCCUCCCACUAACGGACAUCGGACCAGACAUCUUCACGAACGCCCGUCCGCUGUGGCAUCCUCCUGGUGCUCGCGGUAUAUUCGGCGGCGCCGCCAUAGCGCAAUGUCUCUCAGCCGCACAGUUCACCAUCCCCGCGAGCGACUACACAGUCCAUAGCAUGCACUGCUACUUCGUGCUUGCAGGAAACAGCGAGAUACCAAUAUUGUACCAUGUUGAAAGAGUCAGGGAUGGCAAGAGCUUCAUUACACGGACUGUGCAGGCGAGGCAAAGAGGGAGAUGUAUCUUUACUACAACGAUCAGUUUCAUGCGUACUGGGUCUGGUGGUAGUGUCACAGUAGAUCAUGCGAGGCAGAAGCCGAGCCAUGAAGAGUGCCCUCCCCCGCCAGAUGGAGAGAUUGAGCUUACUGGUCUGAGGGAUAGCGAUACACCGUUCGAGAGCGUAAGAUGCGCAGUGAAACAGGGCAACACGAGACAACCCCAGGACAAGAUUUUGCGACAAUGGAUAAGGGCAAGAGGCAAGAUUAGUGAUUGCCCGCCGAAUGUCAGGGAAGACGAGAUCUUGAGAGGAAAACGACUGAACCAACCUGGUGACAACCAUCAAGCCCACCUCAGUGCGUUAGCAUACAUGUCGGAUUCCUACUUCAUCGGCACUGUUGCACGUGUACACAACCUGAUGCGCUUCGCGAACAAGCGAAAUAUAGAAAGAACGCUAAAAGGCUUUUCAGGCAGCGAAGCUGAAAAGCAGGAGAUGAGAACAUAUCUGGAACGUAUUGCGAAGGAAGAAGCUGAAGAGAAUGAUGGCAUCAAGCCUGACGAUCGACGUAUUGGUAUGAUGGUCAGCCUUGAUCAUAGUAUAUUCUUCCACAAUCCAAGAGACUUUAGAGCCGAUGAGUGGCUAUUGACCGAGAUGGAAAGUCCUUGGGCUGGAGAUGGUAGGGGUCUUGUGGUACAGAGAAUUUGGUCGAAGUGUGGUACUUUGAUCGCGACGUGUACUCAGGAAGGUUGUGUCAGAUUGCAGCAGGAGAAGGAGAUCAAGCUGUGA